AUGACUGGUCACAGGCGCUCUUCUCUUUCAAUCUUUUUUAGGGGAGAAGAGCCGCAGGAGAGCGAUGAAGCGCAGGCAAACCAACGUUUAAAGCCAAAAGAUCAAGUCCAGUUGACUCCGGAGGAACUUCGUCAACGCAUGCCUCCUAAGAUCUUGUAUCCCCAAAAUCCGCGCGCGCCACAGAACAUUACCCGCUUCUCCUUCAAAGAAAAUCAGUUUAAAAAAGAGGGCGCCGUCGAGCAAACUGUUUUUCAUCUAUGCAUGGAAAGUACGCUCCUUCUGAAGGAGAGUCCAGAAGCUGCAGAGCAAGAGGAGCUCCUGCGUCUCCGGGAGGAAGCAGAGGAACGCCGAAGGCAGUUAGAGGCUGUAGAAGUUUCAAUUGAAGAUGACGGCGCCACACAGGAUGAGGAGGGGAGGGUGAUGCGCAACCAAUUCAACAAUGUGGAUAGGGCCACGCAGAUCAAGAGCCGCCCCACUGUCGAACAAAGCUGCUCAACACUGCCACCUCCGAAACGGCUGUGCUGUGGAACCGCAAAUUACUGGAUGAUAUGGGACGCUUAUGUGAAGGAGGCUGAAGCGCAAAGCCGAAAGGAGAAUGAAACGAAGGUUUUGGAGCGUGUGGUGAGCUUCAACGCUCAGCAAGAGGCUUAUCGAAUCUUUCAAUCUACAGAGGAGGAACCCGCUGAUGCGCCACUGGUGAUCACUCCGAUCUGGGAGUUUAGGUUCUCGCGAGCCAAGGGAAAAGAUGCCAUGGUCCUUCGCUGGAACCCACAUUAUCACGACCUUCUCGCUGUCGGCUUUGUGUGCUGGGAGGUAGAUCCUGCUACCAGCCAACUUUCGUUUUUCUCAGUCUCAGCUGAUGGACGUAUCAUGCGCUGGACUAUACUUAAGAGCAAGCUUGAAUCUGAAGUCCUGCUGACACUGAAGCGCGAUACGGGAACACUUGGAGGAGGCGACGCAUCACCAAACACUGGCUCCUCAGCCGUUCUCCCUCUCGCCACUGGCCUCUGCUUCGAUUUCUGCCCGGCUCGGCCACAAAUGUUUGUCGUCGGAACUGAAGAAGGGGCCAUAUAUAAGUGUUCAAAGGACUAUAGCGGCCAGUUUUUGGGCGCUUACAAAGGCACGCUUCUGGCAGGACGGUGGCACGCCCACAUGUUGCGGUUCCACAACAUAAUGUGA